AUGCCGCCGAAAACACCCUCCCCCACAACCACGCCCUCCCCCACACCGGCCUCCACACCCACACCCGCUGCAACACCGCUCACCAAGCCCGCACACUCCACAUCCAACUCCCCCGUCCUCCGAAGCAUCCAAUCCCACCUAAACCUCACCCACAACGACGCCCUCUUCACCGCCCUCCGCGCAACAGCCCACACCCUCCUCACCGACGCCGGCAUCCUCCUCGCCAGCGCAAACGACCAGGCCGUGCAGAUCCGCAAGCGCCAGGUCGCGCACGAGCUCGAGAAACUGCACCCGGAGGUCUUUGCCGCCGGAACGGCGGCGGGGACGGGGAUGGGGACGGGGGCAGGAGGGGAGAGGACGUACGAGAUGAGGAAAAACACGAGUUAUGCCCUGCUGACGCUGACGAUGGAUGUGGCGAAGCGGCGGAUGAAGCGGCGGAGGGGUGCAGGCGCGGGUGCGGUGACGGUAACGGUGACGGCGGAGGAGGCGAUGUCGGCGGCGGUGGGGAGAGGUGCAGGUGCAGGUGGUGGUGGAGGUGGAGGUGCGGCGGGGAGGAGGAAUACGCCGUCGCCGUCGCCACCGCCGCCGCUGCAGAUGGCGGUGACGUCACAGCUGCAGAUGCAGACGCCGCUGACGCCGCUGGCGGUUGGAGACACGCCGCCACCCACAGCACUACCGACACCGCCCACCUCGAGUUCCGCGGCGUCGUCACAACUGCCUACCUCCACCUCCACCUCCACACCCACACCCCCAGCAUCCCAAACCGGACCAACACCGCCGACAAUCCUCAUCCCCCUCCCACACCCGCUCACGCCGCGCGACUGCUGCCGUGUGCAGCUCUGCGACCUCACCGACUCCACAUCCACCAACCCGACGCUGCGGAGGCUGCACGAGUGUCUGCGCGAGGACGGGCUGCCGUGGGAGUGUGGCGAGUACGUGAUCCUGGACAGCGACGGCGUGGCGGUACGGAAUGACCGUGGGCUGCGGUGUGCGUUGGGGGUGAUGGCGGCGAGGGGGCUGGGGGUGGGGGUGUGGAGUGUUGUGAGGUUGUGA